GUUCUAUUUAUUAUUUAGUUAGCUUUACACAAACAAAGAAAGAAUCUCUUAUCCUCUUUCUCAUUCCCUCCUUUCCUCUCUUCAUUUUCAGAUCUUAAUUUUCUCUAUUUCAACUUCAACACUAUCCAUUCUUAUUAUUAUGUACCAAUAGUUAAAUUUUAUUAAAACGAGAUCGGUGAUUCAUCUUACUAGGUUUGAAUGGAUAAAAUGGUUUGUGUGAAAGGAUCAGCUAUGUGCAGUGUUGCUAUGCCUAUGAUUGGACCAAUCAACGCUGGCUGUAGUAGAAUUGAAUUGUGGGGAUUCAGUGCUAGUAACAAAAUCAAGCCUAAUUCCCUUUCUUGCCAUGUAAAUAUGAGAAAGUGCAGAACUGUGAUGAAUUGCAGUUUCAACUCAUCUUCAAAUGGUAGUGGAAGUAUGGCUGAAAAUUUUAAUGAAAAUGAUGAAGAUUAUGUUAAUUCUACUAUUCUUGAAGCAGUUGAGGUGAAGAGUGGAGCAGAUGGGUUCAUAGUCAAAAUGAGGGAUGGUAGACACUUGCGAUGCGUCCAUAACAGCCCUCAUGGAGGACUUCUUCCAGAUUAUGCACCACAUCCUGCAAUUGUGUUGAAGAUGGAGGAUGGAACUGGUUUACUUCUCCCCAUAAUUGUUUUGGAGAUGCCAAGUGUCUUGUUAAUGGCAGCCGUUCGCAAUGUUCAAAUAGCUAGACCUACUCUAUAUCAAGUAGUGAAGGAGAUGAUUGACAAGAUGGGUUAUGAAGUUAGAGCUGUAAGAGUUACUAAGAGAGUUCAGGAGGCAUAUUUUGCUCAGAUAUAUCUUUCCAAGGUUGGAAAUGAGUCAGAAUGUAUGAGCUUUGACCUUCGACCUUCAGAUGCUAUCAACAUUGCCGUCAGAUGCAAGGUGCCUAUACAAGUCAACAAGUAUUUGGCAUACAGUGAUGGAAUGAGAGUAAUUGAAUCAGGCAAACUGUCAACUCAGUCCCCUGGUUCAGAUGGCCCAUUAUUUACUGAACUGGAUCGACCAAAUGGUAAGCCUUGUGUUGAAACCAAGGAGUUCAAUCUUUUGCACAACAUGUUGACAGCUGUUGUAGAAGAGCGCUACCAAGACGCUGCUCUGUGGAGGGACCAACUUAACCAAUUUAGGGCAGAAAAGAAAGCGAAUAACAGAUCCUGGACACUCUAAAAUGUGUAAAUAAAUCCAGCAUUGGAAUGUCGAUGGGAAUUUGAAGAGCAGAUAGCUGUCAUACCGUUCGCUUCUCCCCUUGUGUAUACUCAUAAGGCUUAAUGUGUUUGUGAAUAUUUGUGUGUAUGUAUAUAUGGACAUUAAGACUAAUGUAUAAUGCGAACUUAAUUAUACUUUUCCACUGUUAAUAUGUAUAAUGGUUCAUCCAUUGGAAGCAGCAUAUUGCUGAUGGGUUGUGUUCUAAGAAUUACAGGAACUAAAUAAACAAACUCUUGCAUGUUUA